AUGGAGGGAUUCGCGCGUGCAACCAACAUGCAUGGCAUUGGCAUUGGCAUCGGCAUGCCGCGCGAUCUCCAAAUCCUGACAACCGUGCUGGCGCUGCUGAUCCUCUCGUUCACCGCCGCCGUGCCUCCGCCGGAGCCGGACCCAUGCGCCGGGCGGCGCAUCCACGUCCGUCGCCUCCCGGCGCGCUUCAACACGGACCUCCUCCGGCACUGCGACGGCGCCUUCCCGCUGGCCGACCACCCGUCCGCCACGCCGUCCUGCGCCUCGCUCGCCAACCACGGCCUCGGCCCGCGCACCCACAACCGCUCCCGGUCGUGGUACCGCACCGACGCGCGCCUCCUCGAGCCCUUGUUCCACCGCCGCCUCCUCGACCGCGGCGCCUGCCUCGCCGACGACCCCGCCCGCGCCGACGCCGUCUUCCUCCCCUACUACGCCUCCCUCGACGCGCUCCCCUUCCUCCUCGACCCCGCCAUGCUCAACUUGUCCGCCGCCCACGGCGCCCCGCUCGCCGACUUCCUCAAGCGCGACCGCCCGCGGAUCCUCGAGCGCCGGCACGGCCACGACCACUUCCUCGUGCUCGCCGGCCCGGCCUGGGACUACGCGCAGCCGCCGGACACCGACCCCAGGCUCUGGGGCACCACCUCGCUGCUCCGCCACCCCGAGUUUGACAACUUCACCUUCCUCACGCUCGAGUCCCGCGCGUGGCCGUGGCAGGAGCACGCCGUGCCGCACCCGACGUCCUUCCACCCGUCGUCGCUCCCGCGGCUCCGCGCGUGGCUCGCCCGCGCGCGCCGGUCGCGCCGCACGGCGCUCAUGCUCUACGCCGGCGCCGUGUCCAAGCCGUCGCGCCCCAACAUCCGGGGCUCCAUCCUGGCCGAGUGCGCCAACCGCACGGACAGGACGUGCACCGUCGUGGACUGCUCCGGCGGGUCCUGCGACCUCAACCCGGUGCGGUACAUGCGGGCCAUGCUGAAGGCGAGGUUCUGCCUGGAGCCGCCGGGGGACACGCCGACGCGGCGGUCGACGUUCGACGCGAUCGUGGCCGGGUGCGUGCCGGUAUUCUUCGAGAACGCGUCGGCGAGGACGCAGUACGGGUGGCACCUGCCGCCGGGGAGGUACGACGAGUUCUCGGUGACCAUACCCAAGGACGCGGUGGUGCUGGGGGGCGUGCAGAUCGCGGAGACCCUGGCGGCGGUGCCGGAGGAGGAGGUGACGAGGAUGCGGGAGCGACUGCUGGAGCUGGCGCCGAGGGUGGUGUACCGGCGGCACGGGAGCGCGGCGGAGGGGAUGGGCAUGGACGCCGCGGACAUCGCCGUUGAGGGCGCGCUGCGGAGGAUACGGAGGCGGGUGCGCGCUCUAGAGGAUGGACAGCCGGAGGCCAUGUACGCAAUGGACGACGACAACCAAGAGAUCUAA